AAAACAUUGAUCGGCAUAUAUGAUGCGGUACGGAUAUCUAAAAUGCAAGCAACAUAAACAUUCUCCGUACCGUUCACGCUCAAACAGACAGCAUGGUCGGCCAGGCAGUGUACAGCAUCAACAGAUAUUAUAUAAUUGUGAUAAAACCAAGGUUAUGUGGGCAAUCACCCAGUACCAGAAAAGUUAUCACUUGUCCGUGACAGGUAAGUUGAACCAGGAGACCAAGGAACUGAUGUCUGCUUCUCGUUGUGGUAAUAAAGACAAAGAUGAUGGCGUGUAUAGGGAUGAACACAUAAAUUCAAAAAGGAAGCACAUUCGUCGUCCGGAGCCGAGACAUGGCCGAGGAAACAGGGUCAAUCGACGACUAGAUAACAAACGACACAGUAAAAAAAAUAUGAACUCGCUAAGAAAACGCUCGAAGCGGGAAGCAUUUCACAGACCCCGUUCAAAAAUCAAAACGACCACCACCAAGGGGGAGAAGUUUUUAGCGAGAGACAAACGAUCUGUCUCGUCAAAUUUAUCCCCAUUGCUUUCUUCUAAUUUACCUUUGACUUCCAAGCUGGCUUCUCUCUUGGUGGCGACUUUCUCUAAAUUUCGAGCCACUAGAGGUCGCUGGAAACGGAAUACGGCAAAUGGUUAUUCGAUCGUAUCCCUGACUGAACACAGUAACAGUACGGUAUCAAAUAAUACCAAAGCGAUCGCUAAUGACACGUUAUUAGCCCGUGAGAUAUUAUUAAAUGAUGUUAUUGCUGAAUCAGAUACACCAUCGUCUAAAACCACAGCGGCGAAAGAAACAGUAUCAGAAGGUGGAGUACGGACUAGUAAAACUGCAGGACACCACACGGCAAAAGUCUUAGCGCCGUCAAGGUUAAACACAAUUAGCUCAGAAAACACAACAUCAACAUCAUCGCAGUCAUCACAAACACCCAAACCAAUUUCUAACACAUCUACUCAUACUUCUAAUGUAACAACCACAACAACUAUAAAUAAUAAUAAUAAUAAUAAUAAUGCACGUAAAUUUGUACAGUUUCAAAACUCACAAACAAAACAGAAAUUAAAAACAACAGCAACACCAACACCACCACCAACAACAACAACAAAAUCAAUAUCAACAAGUAGCAAUACAUGGCUGGAAUAUUCUGAUGACCAUGUACGGACGUUGAGUGACGAGCAGCCAUGGAACGAGUCUUGGCUGGAGGAAGCGGUUUCGAAUGGUGAAGUUGAACGCAAAGGCAGUGAAGGUAGACAAGAGCAGCGGCCAUAUUUUCACUCGUUCGCUUCUCAAACAUUGUCGUCGUCGUCGUCGUCAUCGUCAUCAUCAUCAUCAUCAUUGUCAUCUUCAUCACCAUCACCAUCAUCAUCGUCGUCUACAGCGUAUGUGUCUUCGUCGUCGUGGUCAUCCCUUUCACCAACUUUUACGGCAGUGUCUUCUUCUUCUUCUUCUUCUUCUUCUUCUUCUUCUUCUUCUUCUUCUUCUUCUUCUUCUCCAUCGUCAUCUGAAUUUCGGACGAACCCGGACGACAGCAGUGGUCCUGCUGUCCACGGUUCAACCGAUGGUGACCAAAUUAGCAAGCGUAGUGUGAUCAACUUCAAUAGUGCCACACACAUUGUAAAUAACAAUAAUAAUAAUAAUAACAAUAACAACAACAGCAACAACACACACACCAACCACCAACAAAACAAAAAUAUAAACCAUAGCAAUACCAGUAAUAACUACAACAACGAUACAGCCACCAUUGCUACAAUUCUUACUACAGCCGCUACUAAUGCUACUACUUUUAAAGAAGAAUUUCAGUUGGAUAGUAGGAGCAGCAGUAGUAAUAAUAGUAGUAGUAGUAGUAGUAAGUCUAAUACAGAUGAGAUUUUCGAACACGUUUGUAAUGGUAAGGAGAGAUGUAAUAGUAACCCAAGCACUGCAACAACAAUUGUAACUGUAACCUUAGCAGCAGCAGCAGCAGUAGUAAGUAGUAGUAGUAGUAGUAGUAGUAGUAGCGAGAGAGUUAGAGCAAGUAAUAGCAGUAACUUAUGUAAGUGCACCGCUAUUAACGACGCCAAAGUAAACAACAGCAACACUGUAAGUAGUAGUAGUAGUAGUAGUAGUAGUAGUAGUAGCAGUAGCAGUAGCAGCAGCAGUAUUAAGGGUAAUAGAGAUGUUGCAAACGGGCUGGACUUCGAAACAGGUGUUUAUACGACAAAAACGGUUCGAACGAGACCGUUGCGAAGAGGUACGCUGACUAGAAGCUACAGUCAAAGACAGAAGGAAAGUACCAGCCCGAUUGUUGUAGGUGGUAGUAGUAGUAGUGGUAGUGGUGGUGGUGUUAGUAGUGGUGGUGGUAGUGGUGGUGGUAGUAAGAGGAACAGUAGGGAUAGCAAUAGCAAUUACUCUGAUAAGUCAAUAACCAAUAAUAAUAAUAAUAAUAAUAGUAAUAAUAAUAAUAAUAAUAAUAAUAAUGGUAAUUAUAACGAGAAAGAUCAUGUCAAGGGCGAGACAGAGCUGACAUCGAACCCUGAACAAGAACCCGUAGGGUCGAGAUUAGGCUCUUCCUUGCCGCCAUUGCAUUCAUCAUCAUCGACAUCAUCAUCAUCAUCAUCAUCAUCUUCAUCCUCAGAAUCAUCAUCGUCAUAUAUAAGAACUUUUGCUCCAUCAUCAUCAUCAUCAUCAUCAAUUGAUACGUCAUCAUCAUCAUCGUCAUCGUCACCAAUCACACCGCCACAUUCAUCUUCAACACGUGAAAAACUGGCUUUCACAUCGGUGCCUCCUCACCUCACAUCCGACACAGCUCUUUCGACGACGGCCACUGUGGCCACAGGUAAAGAAACGACUCAGUCAGAAUCGGCGACGACGACGACGACGACGAAGACAACGACGGCAACAACCAUAACGACAGACGACGAAGACAGAAGACCCGCAAUCGCUACAUUAGCGACACCAGUUUUGGGUACAAACGACCAAGACGUAAAUGACGUCAUACACUCAGACAGUGACAUUAACAAUAAUAAUUAUAAUUAUAUUAAUAAUAAUAAUAAUAAUAAUAAUAUUAAUAAUAAUAAUAAUGAUAAUAAUAAUAAUAAUAACCGAAACUUAAGGUCUUCUGUACCUUUACGUUACACCGAAACCGUUCCAGCUGGGAUAAUAAAGUUGGGAGCCAUUUCAAAACUUGAAGAAUUAACCUCAUAUUAUACUAACCAAAAUGACAUCAACUAUUUAAAAGAUGGCGAAUAUAAUGUAAUUCACCUAAAGAAACUCUUUAUCAAAUUGCUCAGUCAAUCAGAAACGGCGACACACUCGUCGCCGAAGUUGCCAACAGUGACUUAUUCACCGUUCUCUUUCACGAUAAAACCAAAUAUCAUCCAGUGGACAGAGCGUCCGCAACCCCCGCAAACGUCGGCGCCUCAUUCCAGGUGGUGGAACCAACCGCAUACGAUUUCCUAUCUGCUGUCGGUCAUCAGAUUCGGACUUCGCCCGAAAGAGCUGCAGCAUCGUACGCGGCAAAAUUAUCUGCGGGAGACGGCGCGCCGUUUGAAAGAGACAGAUCCUCUUACGUACAACGACUCGCCGCCGGUGCAUCAACGCAAACGCCGCUCGCCCGUAGUGAACAAGGCGAACGGCUGGGGACAAAUGUUUAAAAAGAAAUUGAUACGCUGGCGUUUGUUAGAUUCGGGAUACAGCAACCGCAUCCCCGUGGAAGAGCAGAGAGCUACUCUUACACUCGCCUUCCGGAUGUGGAACGAAGUGAUUCCCUUAAACUUUGUGGAGGAUAUUACCAGUCACGUGAAGGAUGUCGAUAUACAUAUUGCAUUUGGUCAAG